AUGGACGGACUUUCCACGUUCUCCGCCAGGCUCGAGGGUAUCAAAAAAGCCGACGAUGAACGUGCUGCGUUUCUCGAGGAGGUCAUAAAGGCAUACGACGAGCUUAAACUCAAAUUCGACGAGAGAACCGACGACUACAACAAUGAGGUCGCAUCGCGUCGACUGUGGCAAAGCAAGGCCUCGCAGAGCGAACAGGCUUUGGCUCAGCACAAGCAAGCUUCAGCUUCUAAGAACUUCGUAGUUGCCUUGAUCGACGGCGAUGGAGCGAUAUUCCAGGACUGGUUAUAUUCUUUAGGCAGAGGCGAGGGUGGCGCGGAGGCCGCACACCAACUUCAUACAGCACUACAGAACCAUCUUAAAGAGAUCUAUCCAGAUCAAAAUGUCGCGGACUGGGAAAUUGUCGCUCAGGUCGUGCUUAACCUCUCAGGACUGGCUAAGAAACUCCACGAUUCUGGAAUCAUAUCAAACCCCAACGAACUCCACGCCUUUGGGCGAGCCUUCGGACUUGCUCAGCCUCUAUUCAGCUUCGUCGAUGUCGGCAAUGGCAAGGAGCGAGCUGAUCACAAAAUCCGCGAGACUCUGAGGCUUUACCUUCCAAUUGCUCAAUGCAAGCAUGUGUUCUUCGGUCCAUGCUCGGAUAAUGGGUACCUACCGGUGCUAGAGUCGUAUCGCAGAGACCUAUCCAUGGCGUCUCGUAUCACCUUGAUCGAGACACGACCAGCGGAGGCGGGCUUCGUCACACUCGGUCUGAGGCGUAUCAAGCUCGAUCUGGUCUUCCGCACCGACAAUCUACCAUCAAAGACUGUGCCAGUCUUCUCUCCAACACCAGCCAGCACUCCAGCUCGGACACCGUCAGCAUCACAAGCCAGUGGUGCUCCAUUGACCCAACACGUGUCCAAGCCAGCAAGUCCAGCACCAUCCUCCGACUCAACCAGCUCUGCCGCCGCGGCCUCUGGUUCCUGGGCAUCCGUUGGAAAGAAUGGGGCGAAGAGCAAGACGAUCAACAUCGCCUCAGAUCCAAAACCAAAACGACGCUUCAUCCUCGUCAACGCCCACGACGAACGUGUCGAUCCCGAGUUGCCCAAAUUCGACCCUGGCGCCGAAGGCCGUUACACAGAGCGCGUGAAAGCCAAAGGCAAGUGCUGCAACAACUUGUACCUCACAGGCAAGUGUCCAGCAGGCAAGUACUGUGACUACGUCCACACUGAGAAGCUUACACCAGGAGAAAUCCUCGUCCUCAAGCACAAGGCGAGAUCUCGUUCCUGUCAGCAGAAGUCAUGGUGUGAGGAUGUCGACUGUACUUUCGGCCAUCACUGCAAGUUUGGCAGGAGUUGCCACCUGGACUACUGCUACUUUUCUGAUACUCACGGAAUGGACACGCAGCCUGCUAAGCGCAAGUUUGAGGAUGGAGGGGAGGAGUGGCUGCCUCAAUAUCUUAAGGGAGCGGCUUGA